AAAAAAGAGUAGUGGCAAUCGGAUAAAAGAAACCGCACGAACAGUAGAAUUUAGUUAUAAGUGUGAAGAGUCUAUCGAACAACGUGACGUUGUUCUAUUUUAGAUGAGCAAAUUUAACAUAAGUAAACUAUAGUUAGAAGCUUGUCGUUCGUCCAAGAGAAAUAUCUUUGAUUUAUCACGUUAUUUAACGUAAUUAAUUUCAACAAUUUUUUUUUUUUUCAUUCUCGAGUAAAUCUAAAUCAAAAUGGGUAAAACAACAUUGAUCGCUUCGUUAAUCUUAUCAAUAGUCAUCGCUAUGACUAUGUCGUUGGAUACUCCUGAGUUAAAACUUAUAAAAGCUCAUAAUGUCCUGGAUCAAUCUUAUAUAUCUAAUAUUAUUCACAAAUUAAGAAACAUUCAGGGUGAAGCAAAACAACCGGAUGUAGAAGUUUAUUUAUUGAAACAAUCGUCCAAUGGAAAUUGGAAUCCAGUUAAUGAGAAAAAGCCGCUUGUUCAUAGCGACACGAAUAAUAUCGAUUGUCAAUGCAAGUGUACAAAAAAGAAACCUGAUGGAUUAACGGGACGAACCACUAAUAACAAUUCUGGAUAUCAUGAUGAUCCUAUGGAGACUCAUGGAAACAUCGAUUCAACGCCAACAAAGAAAAAAUCUUUUUCUUGUGCACCGGAUAGCUUCUGGGAUGGGUCAAAAUGUGCACAGAUAGUUUAAGAGAAAUUGACAGGAGAUCUGCAAACGUGAUGGAGUAUAAACCAUAUUCGUUGUAACUUUCUUACGAUCCUACAAUUUUAAAUGUAUCAUGGUUGUGAAAAUAAAUAUUUUAUUGAGG